AUGAAGAAUGGUGAGCGGGGCUUUGCAUUUGUAUAUGCUGGAAUGUUCUCGAAGAUUCUGCCCUCGGGGUAUAUAAGGCGGCUUCUGCCAUUAGUUGGCCGCCAUGGCUCCGAUCGAGCGAGCAACUCUUCGCCCCAUCGUCUACUUCGAGUUCCUCCAAGGACACUCUGUGCUCCAUUCAAGGGCAACGUUGUCCACUAUUCCAAGGUGUCUCGAUGGUUCAAACGCUUGGAAUCUGGCGACACGACCUUCGGAGAUCGACCACGCUCGGGACGUCCAUAUACAGUCGAUGACGAAGCCCUGCAGAACACCCUCAACGCGAAGCCGAACGCCACCACUCGCAAAUCGGCGACUACACUUGGAGAAACGCAGGGGGAGCGAGGAGGGAGACGUGGACUGGAUGGAAGAAUUCCUGUCCCGUUUAAGCGGAAAUGGGAUCCCUCGCGUCCUCCAGAAUUAUCCACUGGUGGGACGACUGGUUUGGUUCUUAAUCACGAUCUUUUUCACGGUCCUCUGCCUCUGGCAGAGCGUUCUGGUGGUCCAAGACUUCCUGACGUACCCAAAGGUCGUCAGCAUUCAGAAUUUGGCGUGGACGUGAUCCCCGUUUCCUUCACUAGUUCUUUUCCUUUGCUAAACAUGAGAUGCGCGGAACUCCUGAUGGAUUUUCGAACGCUCCAACUUUGUGGAAGUCUUAGCGUUCUGGUGGUCCAAGACUUCCUGACGUACCCAAAGGUCGUCAGCAUUCAGGUGAUGCAAGAUUCGACGAUGGAGUUCCCGGCGGUGACGGUGUGCAGCUUCAACGUGCUCAGCCGCUCGGCCGUCGAGAAGGAGAAGGGGAUCCUCAGUCCAAGGAUGGUUGCCCUGCUCGACAGCGAGAAGACCAUCCAGGGCAAAUAUUACGGGCGCUACUUUGAGCAAUUUGGCGUGGACGUGAUCCCCGUUUCCUUCACUAGUUCUUUUCCUUUGCUAAACAUGAGAUGCGCGGAACUCCUGAUGGAUUUUCGAACGCUCCAACUUUGUGGAAGUCUUGUGAUGCAAGAUUCGACGAUGGAGUUCCCGGCGGUGACGGUGUGCAGCUUCAACGUGCUCAGCCGCUCGGCCGUCGAGAAGGAGAAGGGGAUCCUCAGCCCGAGGAUGGUCGCCCUGCUCGACAGCGAGAAGACCAUCCAGGGCGAAUUCUACGGGAAGAAAUUCAAUCCCGGAAAUUCUGAUUUCUGCAAUGAAUACCACUUCAUGAACCCUGCGGCAAGUUCGGACCCCAGCGCCCUCACAGUGAAGGAAGUGGAAGACCUUUGCGCCCAGCUGAAGACAAACCCUGGAUCGAACGCGACCAAGAUCGACGGGAUCAGGGUGACGCCAUCCGCGCUGAAUCGAACGUGCGACGGGGUUGACGUGACAAAUGUUGAACGGACCUUCGAGGAGAUCGGCGACGACUGGAAGAGCCAAUUCUCCUCACAAUUCAGAGGCGUUUUAAAACCAAUUGAAAGACAUAGGGACGUGUGGUACCUUAAUCCCUGUUUUUUGGGUGAGUGGGUCGGGGAAUAA